AUGACCGUCACGUACACAGCUUCCGUGGCGAACGCGCGCUUCGGCGGCUUCUCGAAGCUGCUGCUGCUGUGGCGCGGGAGCAUCUACAAACUUCUGUGGCGCGAGCUGCUGUGUUUCCUUGGGCUCUACAUGGCGCUGAGUGCCGCCUAUCGCUUCGUGCUGACCGAAGAGCAGAAGCGCUACUUUGAGAAGCUCGUUCUUUACUGCGACCAGUACGCCAGUCUCAUCCCGGUCUCUUUUGUGCUCGGCUUCUACGUAACGCUCGUGGUGCACCGCUGGUGGAACCAGUACCUAUGCAUGCCCCUGCCCGACGCGCUCAUGUGCGUGGUGGUCGGCACAGUGCAUGGGCGCGACGAGCGUGGCCGCCUCUACCGACGCACGCUCAUGCGCCAUGAAGGACUCUCUGCUGUGCUUAUCCUGCGCUCUGUCAGCACCGCUGUCUUCAAGCGCUUCCCCACCAUAGACCAUGUGGUGGAAGCAGGGUUUAUGACCAGCGAGGAGCGCAAGAAGUUCGAGAACCUGAACUCAUCCUACAACAAGUACUGGGUGCCUUGCGUCUGGUUCUCGAACCUGGCGGCGCAGGCUCGGCACGAGGGCCACAUCCGCAACAACGGCGCCCUUAAGCUGCUGCUGGAGGAGCUGACUGUGUUUCAGAGCAAGUGUGGGAUGCUCUUUCACUACGACUGGAUUAGCGUACCCCUUGUCUACACCCAGGUGGUGACCAUCGCUGUGUACAGCUACUUCCUGGCCUGCCUCAUCGGUCGCCAGUUCCUGGACCCGGCGCAGGGCUACAAAGACCACGACCUGGACCUGUGCGUACCCAUCUUCACCCUGCUGCAGUUCUUCUAUGCGGGCUGGCUCAAGGUAGCUGAGCAGCUUAUCAACCCCUUCGGAGAGGACGACGAUGACUUUGAGACCAACUUUCUGAUCGACCGCAACUUCCAAGUGUCAAUGCUGGCCGUGGACGAGAUGUACGACGACCUGGCCAUGCUGGAGAAGGACCUAUACUGGGACGCAGCUGAGGCUCGCACUCCCUACACCGCUGCCACCGCCUUCCUGUUGCAGCAGCCCUCCUUCCAGGGCUCCACCUUCGACAUCACGCUGGCCAAGGAGGACAUGCAGUUCCAGCGGCAGGACGGCGUGGAUGCGCCGCUGAGCGAUGCACAUGGCGACUUCCUGCAGCGCCUCCUGCCGGUGGGCGCGGGCAUGGCCGCUGGAGGCCUGCUGGGCCGGCGCCUGUCUUUACUGCGCCGCAAGAACAGCUGCGUGUCGGAGGAAUCCACAGCCGCCAGCUGCGCAUGCGCGGGCGCCCCUGAUGGCGCGGCCCCAGAGUGCAGUUGCAGUGACGCGCUGCUACACUCAGGCCUGCCGGAGCCGGAGUCUGAGCCCCACGCCGGCCGCGAGCCGCCAGCCCCCGGGCCACCCGCCGAGCCCUUCACCGUUGUGCCAAUGCCCGGGCCGGGGCCGGCUCCACCCUGGCUGCCCAGCCCCAUUGGCGAGGAGAAGGAGAGUCUAACCUGA